CUGGCCUGUACACGGGACAGGGGGAGCCGGUGCAGGCGCUACGUGUGAGGUCUGUCAUUCUGUGGACUCGGGUCUCCGCUUACGCACAGAGCGAGCCAGUUUCCACCCUCGCGGAACAGAAGUCUAGAAGGGCCGCGCGGCGGCCACCUGUCGAGGCGACCGUCGUCCACAGCGCCACCGCGGCUGAGCUCCCAACACCUGUUCGCCCCCCUCCCCUCCCCUCAUAUAACGGGAAAUUCUCCAGCGCCAUGUCCUUCGCCGCCGCUUCCGCGCCAGCGUACACAUCGUCCCGCCUCCCGUCGCCCUCCACGGCCGCCCGCCGCCGAUUCCUCCGCCACCUCCUCGCGGCUCCUCCGAGGCCGGCGCCGCUGCGGCGCUGCGCCCCGUACCACUGGAUGGCGCAAUAUUGGACUCAAGGAUCACUAGAGAAGAACAAAGCUUUGGUUGAGUACCUGAAGCAGUAUGGUGCCGUUACAACAGAUAAAGUGGCUGAAGUACUGGAAAGUAUGGACAGAGCGUUAUUUGUAUCAGAGGGACUUACACCUUAUACUGACAGUCCAAUGCCUAUUGGUUACAAUGCCACAAUAUCUGCUCCCCAUAUGCACGCAACCUGCUUAGAACUGUUAAAGGAUCACUUGCAGCCAGGCAUGCAUGCUCUGGACGUUGGAUCAGGCAGCGGCUACUUGACAGCUUGUUUUGCAAUGAUGGUUGGACCAGAAGGCCGUGCAGUAGGGAUUGAACACAUUCCUGAACUUGUCGCUGCUUCGAUUGGAAAUGUAGAACGGAGUGCUGCAGCGCCAUUACUGAAGGAUGGUUCCCUUUCUUUUCAUGUUUCAGAUGGCAGGCUUGGCUGGCCGGACGCUGCGCCCUACGACGCCAUUCAUGUGGGCGCAGCGGCACCUGAGAUCCCUGAGCCGCUGCUCGAGCAGCUGAAGCCUGGCGGGCGGAUGGUCAUUCCUGUAGGUACCUUUUCCCAGGACCUGCAGGUGAUCGACAAGAACCCUGAUGGAUCUACCAGCGUCAGCAAUGGCGCCUCCGUGCGCUACGUCCCUCUGACCAGCCGUGACGCGCAGCUGCAGGACCCGUGAGAUCCCUCUCCCAAGAAUAUCCAAAUGCCUGUACAUAUAUCUAGGAUCUUGUCUCCCGAUGUCGCCUCUGAUGUUUUAAAUGGUCCGCUUCAAUUAGCAAUGGCUCAAUGCUGAUCGAAGCCGCUGUAGAUUAUGUGAAUAUGUGUGUUCCUAUGUGCAAUAAGAGGCGGCCUGUUAGCGUUUCUGUCUUCU